UUCUGUGUAAAAGAAGAAGAAAAAGAGAAAAAGUGUGUGUUUGUGUUUGAGAAAUUGAGACAGAGUGAGGAGGAGUGAUGGUGUUGAAUGGCCUAAUUUAAGGAAAUGACUAUUUUUCCGCAAACACAUGUCACAUUUGAGCCAGAAAAGACAGAUGAGAGAGAGAGAGAGAGAAAGAGAGAGAGAGAGGGGUUGACGACACAUCGUGGACUGUGACUCUUUCUCUCUCCCUCCCUCUUGCUGUCUCUCUCCUGGGAUCAUGGCCUGUCUAUAUAAAGGACAACCCAGCCUUCUCGCCGGUGCCACAGCUGAGUUUGCUGAGCCAGGCUGACUUGAAGAGACCUCCAGCGACCCUCCGACUAAUGAACACCUGACUGACACGACUUCCAGAGUCACUUAUUAGGACUCGAGACUCUUCCAGAAAAGUUGGAGAAGGUUUGGAGAUCAAGGAAGUCAGAUUUCCUCAAGACUGAAGAGUAGCAGGACACUUGAGUGCGCAAAAGAGCGUAAAAAGAUGCAGGAGAAGGUCUUCUUCACCCAAAGGAAAGCAGCAGUAGCACUUUGCCUUGUGCUGCUAAUGCUGGCUCAGCAGGUGUGUGCAGGUCCGUUGGCCUCUCGGGUCCAGUCCAGUUCUGACCGGAGUGCGGAAUCACAGGGCGAACACACCGUCGUCCACACUCUGAGGAGGAUAGCUCGGAUGACCCCGCUGUGGAGGAUCAUGAACAGUAAACCAUUCGGAGCUUACUGCCGGAACAACUACGAAUGCUCCACAGGACUCUGCAGGGCGGGACACUGCUCCACCAACCACCGCUCCCUCUCAGAGGCAGUCAACUACUAGCCCCCAGACGUCAGCGUGUUUACAUGAGUGUACAGCCAUAAUCCUUAUGAUUACUGGGAUAUGAACUCAUCCAGGCCUUUUUAAAAAUGGGAUUUUGCAUUCA